AUGUUACUCGUGAAUGAAUCCAUAAAUGUAAUAAUUCAAUCUAUGCUAAGGUUACAAUACCUUCAUAUCAACAAGAGUCUUCCAGUGUUCAAUAUGUGAUUGAUAUCAAGACAAGAAACAAGCAGUAAUGGCAAAUUUCAAAGCGCUAUUCUUAAUUUGAAGAUUUGCACAAGAAAUUGAUACCACUCUUUCAAGAACUCCCUGAAUUACCAAAGAAAGCCUUUAUUACAUUCUUGGUAGGUAAAUCGAAGGAAUAGUUGGAGGAUCGAAGAGCUGGUUUAGAGAAAUAUCUUUAGUAACUAAUAGUCCGCCGUGAAAUAUAUCAUUCUCAAUUACUUCGAGAUUUUUUGCAGGUAUAGUAAUCUGUAAUAAGCUUGAAUAAUGCGAGGAAAUUCUCCCACCUAAUCUACUACAUUCAUUUAAGACAAUAAUGGGUAUCCGUGACAUUUCUUUGUCUGAUUAGGGAGUGAUGUUUCUCCUGCAAGCCGAUAUGAGUGUUUUGAAUAGAGUGGAUGCUUAUGUAAAUAACAUGAAGAUGCCAUGGGAUUCUGAACAGGGAGAACUCAAAACCAUACCAGUAGGCCAAGUUGAAUGUUAUAUCAAGUAAGAAGAAGGGGAGUUUUGCUAUAAAAAAUUAUGGACCAAAGAGUAUAGUACUUAAGCAAUUUGCAUGUUUUAUGAACCCAUCUCAUGCUCAUUGCUUGUUGGGUAAUAUUUAAAAGAGAGUAAUUAGAUUGGACUCAGGGAAUAUCAAUUUUAUAAAAGUAUCUGAAAGUGAUUCAUUCAAAAAGUAUGAAUAAAGUAUUGAAAUCGAAAUCCAUAUGAGCAGAAUUAUGGGUUUAUUUUAUAGAAAUGGAUAAAUUCACUCAGUUUCCAAGGAUACUCAUUACAAAGUGAUUGAUAUUGAAUAAGGAGGAUUGAAAUCAGGUUGCAAUUUUACUUAUUAUUCAAGACUUUUCCAUUGGCAAACACGAAUUAACAUCCUUGACAUAUAAUGAAUAAAGACAAAUCUCUGUAGUUGGCAAUAGGAAUGGCUAAAUAUAUAUCCUAAACAUUAAGCCCGCCUAACCAAUAGUAAUGUUGUCGGUUGAUACGAACACAUCCUUUAUCAGGGGUCUAGUUUUGGACUACCAAAAAAACUAUUUGAUAUCAGUAUCAUAUGAUGAUGGAGUGAUUUCUGUUUUAGAUGUUGGUAAAUGCUUGCAAGACAAUGUAGGCAAAAUCAAAACUAAAAUUUAGGCUAAAAUUAAAGUAUUAUAAAUCGAUUACCAUUAAUUUCUAGACUAGAGAAGUUUAAUGGUCAAGUAGACGAGGGGAAUUAUUCGUUGGAAACGAUGAUGGAACUGUCACUAUUUACAAUGCUCUCGAUUUAUAACCUUAAUGUAUUUUCUGUUCUUAAUUUAAGUUGUACUAAAGGCACAUGAUAAAGCUAUCACUAAAUUGAUUUGGUAAGAAUCAACCCAGAUUCUUAUUACUGGUGGAAAGGAUGAAUUAAUUAAGUGGUGGCAUUUUCCAAAAAAAUGGAAAGCUGGUGAUUAAGAUGAAUAGGCCAAAUCAAAACAAUUGAUUGAAGCCAAAAUGGAGAAUAUCUUAAAAUUACAAAAUCAGAAUCAAAAAAUUGAUUCAGAUGAAGAAGAUGAAACCGGCUUAGGAAAUUGGCAUAAAUGA